AUGGGUCGACAUUCUCAUAUUGCGCGGCUCGCCUUGGGAAGGUCGCCAUUUGGUCCCCCACUGGAAGACGAGAAUGGAGAGUUUAUCCUGGGACCGAAUGUGCAACGCCGAACAGACCAUAACUAUAUUCAGCAGUUCGACGAUCGAGGUCAUCCAAGAAAUCUUGCUUCUGAGACGUUGAGGAGGCGACUGCUCCGGGCUCAAAAUGAAGCUCUGUCCACAGUCGGUGUCGUUGUUCGCAAAGCACAAAUGCAACGGUCCUGGUGGCAGUCCAUGAAUGACAUGCAGAGAUACCGACUUCUCCUGGAUGAACAUGCUACUGGUGCUUAUUGCGAGAUCGUGGAGACUAUCACUCAAAAUGUGGCCACUCACUGGAUUGUCAACUUCCGCCGACGUCUUCUGACCUUCAAGUCCUACUUGGGAUUGCCAAUUCCUCAGAUGCUGUUUUCUGAGUGGAAUAUCAUGGGUCCGAGUGCUUUCCUAUUUGCUGGCUUGCUCCCUGGCACAAUUGCGAGGAUCAGUCAACUACUCAGGGUCGCGAUACUAGAAGAUGAAAGACUUUCAAAGUCAAUGCACCCGGCUAAGCUUUUCAGCCUCUCGAAUAUUGGCAGGUUGAUUCGCUGGUCAAGCCUGCAAAUCCUAUGGUUUACCUUCGAAUACCCAUUCCACGCCUAUUCCGCCUUACAAUCGCUUUACUUCAUCCCCAUCCACCCAACGCCCUCUUUGUCUGCCAUGAUACCAUUCAGCAGCCAUUCCCCCGUUCAAAUGUCUCUGGGCGUAUCAAAAUGGUCUUGGGGAGCCUUGAUCCCGUUACUAGGAAACACAAUGUCCAGUCCCUUUGCGUUGGCAUUCAUCAGAGACCUGGUUGGCAACUACCUCUUUAAAAAGGUCUACGUGAUAGUCCGUCAAAUGGUCGCUAAGCCCGACCGUCCGGAUCGGAUAUCGCUACAGAGUGCCAGAAAUCUGAACGCAUCUCUCGAACUGGAAGAGGCGAUUUUCGGUGAAUCGGGUGAAGUGGGCCCACGGUCCCUGAAAGAAACUAUCCAAUCCAUAAUUCCAGCCUCGUUAUGGUUUUGGGUCCGGAUAAUUCAAACACAAAGGGUUCCCCUGGCAGUCGAGCUAAGUCCGAAUAUUGAAAUCGAGUUGCUCGGACGGAGCGCCAUGCAUUACCGAGUAUUCUAUCGACAAAAUCGUGAGCUUGAUCUCAGACGAGCGUCGAGAACACUUCGGGUCAUGGCUAUCCGUGCUGCCUUUCACGACUUCAAUUUAGAUCCGGACCAUUCGAUGAUUGACAUAUUCGAGCUCGCGGACGAUGUGAGCUUUUUGGCGUCGAGUUCGGCAUCUACAUCAACGCCAGACCCACAGGACCUCUCACUCUUGACGGAAGAGGCCACCGGCGCCGGCAUUGCGAGCGAUUCUCAAGCCGAUGCUGAACCUGAGAUGCCGCAAGGAGACCGCCAAGCAGGGGGGGAUCAAGUUGCAGAUAAUGUCAAUGAUGAAGAUCUCCUGGUCGGGAUCGGCUCGCACGAAGAAACGGGCGACACCGUUGGCCCACUCCCAAUUUCAGGCAGUCCGGCCGUGGAUAGAGAAAGUGCCCAGCCUACCGUUCCGCUGGAAACCCUUCUUGAGCCUGGCCUAGCUGAUCACGCAGAAUCAGGAGAGUUGCGAGCAGCUAGUCCGGUGCCGACUACUCCGAAUCGGGAGCCUCAUAUCAUUCCGAAUCCAUUCCAAGUCUCUCCUCGACCGCGGACGCCGUCUCCUAUUUCCCCCAUCCCCGGCAUAUCUCGCGCGGCGAGUCUACCGCACACAACACCCAGGCCCGUGCGCCGCCCGACAGUCAUAGAACAAGACGUACCAGCAAUGGGAGACGAGAUGCUGCAACGGCGCCAAACGCAAUCGAGAGAUCCGCGUAAUGCAGACGAGAGUCUCUAUCGUGUGACUGUCCUUUCAAACCACCCAGCCGAAGCAUUCGCACAUUAUACUACCUCAAUCAUCGAGUCUAUUGUCCUGCUCCCGCUUGAUAUUAUGUUCUUACGGUCACUGGCUCGAGGCUUCGUCUCCCAGAAUUCUGCUGGUCUACAAAUGGCCGGGGCGUCCUCACUGCUUAGCGAUGUAUGGCCGCUCACCUCGGGGCUAAGACUGCGGGGCAUUUCUAUGGGGCAAAGCUUGCAGUUCUGGGGUAAUUUCUUCCUCACGAUUGGGAUGCAAGGCAUAGUAAAUCUUGUGAUAUGGGGUGUCGGGACACGGGUCACAAUGAAACUGGGCGAGAGAUUUGGUUGGGGGAAAGUAUGA